UUUGUUUCGACUAGUACAUGCUGUCCGGCCACCAUCAAGUGGCACAGCUUGCAAUCAUCAUACUGCGUAGAAUCUCCAAUUAACCUGCCCGCGCUCGUAGGGAAGGGUCAGCUGCUCCUUGUAAACUACGCACUUGAAAAAGACAACUUUCGCAGGGCACGCAUGAACUUAAAAUGCGGAUAAGCGUUGAGACUCCACUCACAUUCCUUUGUCUGCAGCUGAAAUAAACGUAGAGUGCGUGAAUUCGUAGAAGACACUCAAACAGGGAGCCGAAUACCGCGCAAACGGCUAAGCAUGCCACGAUCUCAUCGGCGAGCAUGGUUCAGCUAGGGCACGCGAGUCCGCAGGUGAAACGUUUUCAAGUCCAAAAGUGGGUACGCAACCGGGCUUGUCGCGUGUGAAAGUGAGGAAUCACCAUGCCUUUGGCACCACAUUCUACAAGCUGGCUCGCCAGUCUCAAAGAACACGCACGUUUCUCGGUAAACAAGGGCCCCAAACAACCUUACCAGAAGGCCACGCCCCUUGAUUCGAAAGUGUUAAACUGCGGCACUUAAAAAGGAACCCUCAGCUUCGAAACGACACUCUCGGGAGACUGAGAUUCGGGAAACGCACACCCAGCAUACUCACGGCUCCGCUAUGAAGGCAUGUCUUAUCGUGUGCAUUGGGCUGCUUGUAGUCGCCACGCUCGCCCUCUGCGAAGAUGAAGAACUGGCUGCAGCGGAGCUUCAGGCUGAGCUGGACGAAGGUCCCUCCAUGUCGCGGGUUCGACGCGGAGGUGGAGGCGGAGGUGGCGGAGGCGAGGGCAAGAAAGGCAAGGGCAAGGGCGGCGAGAAGUCCAAAGGAAAAAGCGGAGGAGGCGACGGUGAGACUGAGUGAUUAAAGACGACGACAAAGACAUCCCAGCCACGCAGCAGGAGUGCCGGCGACAGACCACACAAAGAACUCAGCUCCCAUCUCUGGGAGAGGAACACUGGUCAUUGCACAAAUAAAGGGCAGAACAUGCAAAACAGAC